CGUUGCUGCGCUGGAUAGGAGGUGCCCGAGGACACCCUCGCUGCACAACAGCCCGUGGCCCGCCGCCGGUGGGCGUGGGGAGAGGCUGCCCGGCCUGCAGAACAGAACCCUGGGCUCCCCUCUCCCCUCCCGGGUGGACGAACGGUGUUUCGCGCCCAGCUCCCACCUGAGCCUGCUCUUGUCUUUGCCGAAAUAGUGGAGGGCUGAGCAGCAUGUAGGUUUCGGUGCCGGUCCCCCCCCCCGCCAGAGCCGCUUGUCAGGAAGUGCUCUUCAAACAGAUGUGACAGCCGUGCAGGACCUUCCGUGUCUGUGAGGCGAACCGCUACGGACUGAGGCCAUCGUGUACCACUCACCCCCUCAGCGGCAUCUCUGACACUCUCCCACGGGCCACCCCUGUAUAUCCCUAAAGCACUGGGCAGAGGAAGACGUGAGAGGCAUUCACUGCCACCCUUACAACAUCAUUUGUGUUCAGAGUGGAAGCGAGGAUUGGCUGGAGCAAGUUCACGUGGGGGGACUGACCCAACAUAACCCUCCACCAAGGGCUUAGACUUCAGUUUAUCUGUUCACAUGCUUACAAGAUGGAGAAGCUGUAAGUCUUUGUGUCUCGCUUUUUCAUGGUCUUAACUUUUGAUCUUCACGUGCCUCUGUCUUACUGUGUGACUCAUGUGUUUGGGCGAUGAAAGAGAAUGUUGGAAAGGCCCCAAGAGUGCAGGAGGAGGAUAGAGGCAGUUUUCAAUUUAUUGCGGUCCUAGUACCAGUGCCCACAUUUCUCUCGCUCUCUCCCUGUGCCCCGCCUUUUUUUUUUUCCCAGAAAGCAUGGUAGAAUUCUAGUGAGGAGUACCUACAAACAGGGCUUCUUUAUUUCAGAAACUUUUAAAAGAGAGUCCCCUUUCUUCUUCAGCCUAAUCCCACCUCUUUGGGAACAACAUGAGCCCUGUCUCCUCUCCAUGCUUGAGCCCCGGCCAGAUGACCAGCACCAAUAACUGCUUCCCUCUCUUUGCGAAGCUGCCAUCAUCCAGGCACCUGAUGUGGAUCAUUUCGCUUGAUCCCCAGAGAAAAUCUGUAAAGUAGACUAUUAUUAUCCCCAUUUGAAAGAUGAAGAAACUGAGGUUCAGAGAACUUGAAGAUCAUGUUCAAGGUCCCUGGUGAAUGGUAGAGUCGAGAUUAGAAGAUCUGGGUUUCUGGGAGUCCACAGGCAGAACAGGCCAAAAUAUACAGUUCACCUCUGGAAAAUCAACCGGUUGACAGUGUCUUUGUCCCCGGGCGAGCAGGCAUGAGGGAGGGAAGUGGUAUGCCUCCCUGGGAUGCUUCACUGCUGGAAAACGAGUUUUUCCAAGUUUUAGACGACUUGGAUAAUAAACUGGCUCAGGAACAAUGUCCAAGCUCAGGGAAUACCACAGCACCUCUCAACUAUGGAUCAAGAGCACAGUGCAGUCAUUUUUACUCCAGGGGGAACACGCACGGAAAUAUCACAGGAAGGUACCAAAACCACCAUAAUGGAGCUUCUAAUAUGUCUAUCUAUGACAUCCUAAGACCAGGAACCCCUAGGGAAGGUUUUAAAACCUUUUCUCCUAGAACAAAAACAAUUUAUGAUAUGUACAGGACAAGGGAGCCCAGACUCUCAAAAGAAGAUUACGUGCAAAAGAAUAGUUUCGGUAGUACUUCUCUGUGUUUUGACAGCAGGCAGCCAUCAACUUCACCGGCUACGAUAUAUUUCACAACAAGAAGCUUACAUUUUCCAACAAUAACUCAGAACAAGAGUGGGUUUAUACCACCAAGACACCAGCAGAGCCCAAAGAGAACUCCUUUAUCAUCCAUUAUAUGGAAUAGAUCAGAUUCUUCCGGAGGUAGGCAGAGCCAGGAAGAAUUCCUGGGGGCACCUUCACCGAUGGAGAUUGACUCUGCUGACCAGUAUGUGUAUCCCAGGUGUUUUCAGGAGAAUAGGAGGUACGAAUUUUACCGUUCACAGAGUGUUUACCAAGGUGUUCAUUUAGACGCCUGCAUGGAUAAUGCAAUGAGUCCUGACCCAUUUGAGAACUCAGAAAAUAUGCCAUUCUACCAUCAAGAACACCCAUUUGCUAGAUCUUUCUCUAGCGGUACCUUUGGACGAAACAGGGAACAGAGAUUUAAACAAAGUCCUCUUUGGGGCCAACACGAAGAACAUCCUUUCUGGUCUGACUUCCCUCAAAGUAGGCAUCCAUUCACUUCUCACAGAGACUCCGAAAUGAUAUCCAUGGAAGUAUCAGCUGGUCACAGCCAUAGCAUUCAUUCUCAACACUGGGGAUCUUUUUCUCCUGGUUACAAAACAAAUAUUUUCAGAGACCAUGGAGAGCCACAUCUCUGGCAGUUUGACGCUCAGACAACCACGCUGGAGAGCACGGAGGUGUCGCGAGGCAAUGAGAGCCAGACGACUCAUUUCAGCAUGCCAAACGUUUGCCCUGGGACUGGUCCCAGCUAUCACAGCACAUCUGGAAGGUCAGUAUGCCAACAGGGCGGUCCUCCUACAGAAGUACACCUGGACAAAGAACCUUACUCGUUUGGAAAUACUCAGACGACUCUAGCAUCCUCAUUCAACACCUCCUUCCCCCCGAUUCCCGAUGACAGAGGGAACCCUCAGAGGCCCAGCUUUCAGAAUCCCACAGUUGGUGUGCACAAAAUUAAGCCCGCCUCUCUGCCAAUAAAAAGCUAUACGGAAGUCACUGUGACCAAGAGCGAUUCGGUCGAUUCUCCACCUCUUACCGAAAGCCCACCCAGUAUCUUGGUCACACAAGUGACUAAGGAGAAAGUCUUGAAGGAAUCUCUUCGGGAAGAAGACAAACAACUACACAAGAUGGACCGGACACACAUGACAAGUGAAGUCCCCCAACUGGUCUCACAGACAGUAACCUCUAACCAUGCCUCUGACGUUCAAAAUCCCCUCUCCCAGGACUCAGCCAAGGGCAAAGGGUUUGCUUUUAAUGCAUCUACCACAGUAAGUUCAAAGAGGCCACCUGGAGUCAUUUCCAGGAAAGAGAGCCCCAAAAUUCAUAUAUCACACAGAGAGCGUUCCAGUGAACUUAAAAAAGAUAAGAAUCACACGGGGGACAGAAAACUUGGCUCAGCGACUUCCCUUGCUUUCAUUCAGGAACGCACAACAGCGUCUUGGCCCAGCCCAGGUCAAGGUUGUCACCAGGAAGUAAGAGCAAGUACUGAAGCCAUUUCAGGCAUUAUUAAAAAUAACCACUGGAGCUCUGAACCUGCUGGUGGUCAAAAGGCACAGUCUGCAGAAAAGCCUGCUAUUUCAGAUACCAAGGAAGAACAAGGUACCACAAGUCCUUCCACCAACUGUAGCAAACCAGCUGCUCGUCGUAAGAUCCCACGCGAUUCUUCAGAUCUGUCAUCAGGUAUACUGCCUGGCUCCUCACCAUCGAAUAAGUCUUUCCUUGACACUCCGGCGAUUCCUUCAACAACAGUGUUCUCCAGGAAAAGUCCUUCGGGCAAGGAUCCAUCUCCGGGAGAAAGAGCACAAAAGGACAAUGAUAGCAAGGACCAAAGUGAUCAGUUUGCCCUAAGCCCCUCAGAAAACCCCAAGCGUAACGAUGAGUGUGUACUUGUACACAAUGAGGAAGUUGAUGUUGCCAAAUGGCGUUCUCACUCUCCUUUCAAGGAUGGGAAAGGAAAAGGAAGAGUAAGGCGACGCAUAGCCUCUCUGGAGAAGUUAAGCAAAACGGAAAGGAGAACGGCACCCACCAGCGAUAACAGUAGCUCCGUGGAGAUGAAUCAAAGCAAUUCCAAGCCUCCUGAAGUUCACACGACUUCCUGCACCUCACCAACAAAAUCAGCCAGAUUUCUCAUCAAUAACAGGAAGUCGGAAAGUAAGAUAAUGGCUUCUCCAUGUAGGAAUGAACCACUUCCAUUCCAAGUCAAAAAUAAUGUGGAACACCCAGCAGGGAAGUAUACAUUGAACAAAUUCGGUCCCAGUUCUUCUGAGUCAGAAAGCAAAUGUUCCAAAGCAGUGUCAGACUCGGUCCCAGUAGCACCUGAAGCCACAGAGAAGGCGACAAGCCUGAAAAACAGUGGGUUUGCUUCUGUUAGAAAAGGACCACUUCCGUUCCUCAUCAAGAGGGCCGUGUCGUGUCCGUCAGGGGUACCAGAUGCCUCAGAUGGGAGAGACAAAAGAGAAGAAUGUUUGGUCUCAAACACAGAUGCUUCUGCUGUAACACUAAAACCUUGGGAGGCGAUCAUUAGCCCUCUGGAAAAUAAUUCGCCUGUUAGCGAUUUGUCUUUGCCAAAAAGACACCACCAAAAGGAAUACUUUCCAGAAUGCACUGAAAAGGAUGGUAAAAUUGCUGUCUCCGGGACAGGCCUAUUUUCCCUUUCAAAUGAAGACCCUCUGCCUUUCUCUUCAGACGCGUCAAGAAAAGAAAGUGGGAAAACGUUACAUAAAUUUAAGACCACUAGUACAUUUUCUGUUUCUGGCGAUGAAGAUAAUGUAAAAUGUCUUGAGGUGGUUUCAGUAUAUUACACUCUACCAAGGAAAUACAGCAAAAAAUUCUCUAACAUUCUUGAAAAGUAUACACGGUAUAUCGAUUCACUUACGGAAUCAACUAAAGUGGAGACUGAAACCUUUCCCAAUGCUUUUGAAAAAGAAAAGCUAAAUUAUUCUACCCAAGAGCAGUCAGGAACACCUUCAUCUGAAGGUCUAAAGAUGCUGGUCACCUCUGCUCAGAAGACCCACUGUCUUUCUCGCACCAGUGAAAAUAUGACUGCUUCACAAUUACCAAGCAUUUGGCCCUCAGAACCAACAUUACAGGAAGUGGAUUCUACUGAGGCACGUGUUUCUCUUCAUAAAGGAGAAUCUAAAACUGGAGAGGUUUCCCCAGAUAACUUCGCUAAAACACCCCUAGGUGAUUCAGAGAGCAGAAAAGAGAGAGGGAAAAGAUCGCAAAGCGAAACUCUGCCUCCUUCAUCAAUGCUUCAGGAAAAAAAAGGUACAGAAGAGAAAGCUGAAAACUGUCAGCAAUCCAGUAAAUCGGGCAACAGUGGUCCUUCUAAUCUCCCAGCCCAUUCAGAAGAGAAUGUUGGAAGUUCCCAAAAUGGAAGAAGUUCCGGGGAAUGUGUAGGUACUAGGAUAGCCAUCACAGCUCCUGGAACUGGAGAAGGCCUUCCGAGAGAGAUCGCGGACGGUAGUUCCAAUGGAUUGCAGCCUAGUCAAGUAAGAGGGGAAAUUGGAACAGAUUUCCAAAAAGAGACUAGUAAACCACUUUCUGACUUGGAAAGCCAAGUCUUUGCUCUUACUCCAGCUUUGCAUAAACUACAGCUUUUUGAAGGGACUUGUUCAGGUGAACCAGAUUUAGACAGUUUGCAGUCUGAACCCAGAGAGCUACCUCCAAGGAGUCAGGAGAUAAGCAUGACAGAGAACAGCAAGGCUGAAGAUGAAAUGCUAAAGUUGGCAUGGGAUCAACCUUCAUUUCCUGGAGGAAGCAGUGAACAGAAAACCAGCUUGGAUGACCCAGAAAAAGGGAAAAACAGAUCCGUAGUUAAACACAGAUUGGCAGCCAUGUCCAAAGCAAGCAGAAAAUUCCCAGCUAAAGAUUUAAGCCCCAGAAGACACGUAGCUACUAUCUUCCCCCAAAGUGGGAACAGUUCUGGCUUUGGCAGCUUAUCUCUUGGCACGGCCGAGUGCAACCUGCCGUCCCCUGAGCCUACUCCAAAGUCCAUAGAGUCCAGAAAUGAAAGCAGGUUGAGUCGCGAUAUAACGGAUGUGGAAAAGUCAGAGAACUCUCUCCAGGUUACUGUAAUACCCAGUAGAGAAGCUUCUACACACUUAAGCAAUCCGAAGUCUAACAGCAUUUCACAGCUACAGCAGAAUGGGUCUAAAAAUAUCUCAGAAUCAUCACCAAAGUAUGAGAAGUCUAAAGAUGUAACAGCAGCUCAGAAUUUGGAAAGAGAGUCAAGAACUUUGGCCCAACCCACAUUCCCCAACCUCGGGGAAGCAGACUUCUCUGACCAUCAGAGAAGAAUAAACCCUCCUUUUCCUUUGGAGCCUACAGAGAAAUCUAGAGUAAGCAUUCCAUUGGCCAGUUAUCAGCAACAACAAAGAAGUGCUUCAUCUCUGGAGUGGGGACCUGAACUGCACCCCUAUCGUUCAAACAGUUUAAAAAGCAUCAAUGUGCACGGUGAUCUGGUACGCAAAAGUCAUCCUCCAAAGGUCAGGGGGCGCCAUUUUUCUGAGAGCACUUCUAUUGACAAUGCCCUGAGUGAACUGACCCUCAGGGAUGAAUUCUCUGGCAACAGCGGAUACAGUCGAAGAUUCAGAUCCUUUUCUGAGCUUUCCUCCUGUGAUGGAAAUGAAAACCGGACUUUGGGUGGCGGCAGAACAAAAAUGGGGCCCAAGUUUGCAACAUCUAUAUCUAGACCUAUUGACUAUGGAAUUUUUGGGAAAGAACAACAGUUGGCUUUCUUGGAGAAUGUAAAGAGGUCACUCACACAAGGAAGAUUAUGGAAACCAAGUUUUCUUAAGAACCCCGGCUUCCUGAAAGAUGAUGUAAUUAACCAUCCUCAGCCAACAGAGCUACCAAGCUCAGAUUCUCCGAGCGGCCAGAUGCCGGAAGAUGCCUUAUCUCCAGGCACACCACUUUGUAUCUAUGAAAAGACUCCAGUAGACUCAGAUUGUGACACAGACACAACCACGGAUGACGAAUACUAUCUGGAUGAAAAUGACAAAGAGUCAGAACUGUGAGGCUUCUUCAGUAACAUGCAUAUAACCUUUCCACCAAAAGUUUGUAAUGGAAAUCAAGUGUACAUGUGUAUGCCCUUGAGAAGGACACAUAUAAAAAAAAGAUCUAGUGUGGGCAGCACCUGCUCUGAAACUACCCAGAUUCUCUUUUUAUCCCCCCACUCUAUAAUAUAUAAACAUAUAUAAGCAUUAUAUGCUUCCUAAAUUCUAGAACAAAUGAAUUCUUGUUUUGGGGGGGUUCUCUGCCGUUUUCUACAUAUAUAUAUAUAUUCUUAGCCUUUCUCCCCUCCCUCCACUUCAUCUCUAAUUCACUAUCCAAUUUUGGCUUUCUGCUUUACUCUCUCCCUAACUUUUUUUUACACCUUUCACUGUCAUUUACAACCCUAGUGUCCCAGGCGUACAUAAAACUUGUUAAUUACCCAGAACAACCAGAAAAUUCUGUAUGGCCUCUUCCAAUCCAUGCCCUAUAUUCAGGACAUUAAAAAAAAUGUAGGGAUGAUGACAAUGGAGUAAAUAUUAUCAUCCUGUUUGACUCAUCAGCAUUUAGAAGGAUUAGGGUUUUUUUUUUUUUUCUUUCAAACAAAGAUAAGGAAAUUUUCACAAGGGCAUGGUGUUAUAUCCAUAGUGAAGCCAGGGAGCAGAUGUUUGAUGUAUUUGUUGAGGUUACAGAAGAGGAGCUGAAUCCGUUUCAAACCAAAAAAUACGAGUAUUCCUGGCAAUACCUUUGAAGACAUUGGUACGGUCUGGGUGACUUGUUAAGGACUGAAUUAAAAAAAAAUUUUUUUUUAACGUUUAUUUUUGAGAGAGAGAGUGCAAGCGGGGGAGGGGCAGAGAGAGAGAGACAAAGAAUCUGAAGCAGGCUCCAGGCUCUGAGCUGUCAGCCCAGAGCCCGAUGCAGGGCUCCACCUUAGGAACCAUGAGAUCACUGCCUGAGCCGAAGUUGGACGCUUAACCCACUGAGCCACCCAGGCAUCCCUAAGGGCUGAAUUUUAAUCUAGUCGAUGAGACUGAGACUAGGCAACAUGCUGGUGCAGAAGGUGGCUUGGCCACAGACCGUGCUUAGGAAGGGAGCAUGACUGGGCCUGCAGGUACGUGGACGUCUGUCAUGAGACUGGCUUAUCCUCACUGCAGCUUUCUCCUCAGCUGGUUUUUCUCAUUUCUCCAGGACAAUCCAUUUCUGUAUUUUUAUUUGCAGGAUAGAACACUUUUUUUUUUUUUCCUGUGCAUGUUCUUGUCAUGAAUAUCCAGCGGGAGCACUGGCCAAGCCCCUCAAAUGCUGCUGAGUCAGAUCAGACGCCCUGGGAUUCAGUCUUCUUUGCAGGAUCAUUUACCAAACCCAUGGGGAAUGAUAAGGCAGAGCUUCUAAGGGCUUGUCGCUAGGAUUCUCUCAAUAAUUUAUCUAGGCUAAAUACAUCUCAUACUGAUAACUUGAUUUCUAACUCUUUAGUUGCCAGGCAGAACUUCUGGAACUUUCUCUCCUAACAGGAUCAACACCAGUAGAUGGCAGUGAAGAUAAUUGACUAGAACUACAGAAAGCAAUGCCAUCCGGGAUUUUCAUACUAUGAGGGUCAAUGGGAGGGUUUUCAUUUUGAUUGGUUUAUAUUUGCUUCCUGGCCUAACUUUAUUCUCCAUUGUUCUCACCUAGUCUGUUUCAUCCAUGUAAAUUAAGGAUAAUGGUAGUGCUGGUGAAGCAAACCGAGAUCUGGAACUGAUAGAAAUGCAAGAAAGAGCUAUAUUAUUAUUAUCCUCGUAACCAUUGCUUUGCCCGGAAGCAAAAUGCCACAGCUAGUUUACAUCAUUUCCAGGACUCUCAAAACCAGUAAACAUGUGGUAACUAACAUGAAAGCUAUUCCCUGAGUCUGUAAAUUGUUUUAAAGUCCAGGCUCCCACCAAUACCAAGCUCAAAGAGACUAAUCGUAGCAUUUUAAAUCAACUGUUCCGAAUAUUUGAAUUUGUAUGGUAAAGAGCAAAUAACAUUCUAUCCCUUUUUUUUUUAUGUUUGUAAAUUCUGCCUUUCCCCUUUUUGUAUUUAUCUGAUUAUUUAAGUGAAAUUUUCAUAAACCAUGACUUAAGUUUUCCAUGUAGUUUUUAAGAUAUUCAGAGUUAAUAUUUUAAUAUUAAGCUUCUCAGUUUUUGAAAAAUGAUCGGCUUGCAAGCUCUAUUUCAGUAAAUACUCUGAGUUCACAUGUAUGUUACAAAAGGUGAAAUGAAGUUACCUUAUUUUUCGCUGAGUUUAGGCUAUAGCAACCGUCAGUUAAGGUGAGGAUGAACAGCUACCCCGAGGUCCUACUUCUCUGCACUAGAAUCUACUAUUUGAAUUUGAAGGUAAUUAAUCGAUGACCACCAUUGCCCUAUUUGCCUGUUGGUCUGGCUCAAGAAUCAAGAAAUCCGAAAAUUCACACAAAUAGCACCUUCUGUAGUUUUAUACUUUUAUAAAAACACUUCGUUAAAGAAGUACAGCCAAUUUCUAUGUAUUUUAACAUACAGACUGCUGCUUUUUAAUAUUCAUUUUUGGUAUAGCUAUAGUAAUUUAUAAUCGUCAUUUUUAUACCCCUGACUUGUUUUCUCAAGGAUACAAUCAUUAUUAAAAUAAACAUUCACGUAAACGGAGUAAAUCAUGAGGGAAUCUGUUCUAAGAAGUACCUUUAAAUUAUUAACUUGUUUAGAUAAUGUACUUCAACUGUACCCUGUAAAGUUUAUUUAAAAUAGGGCUUCGUGAGGUUGUUUCCGUUUUUAGAGACCUCCUUCUAAAUAAUUUACCCCUUUACGUUGUAAAUACAAUGAUGCUUAUCAAACUCCCAACUGCUACUAACAAGGUUUUGACUGAUAGAAAGUGAAUAAAAGCAACUUUGCAUAGAAGGUAAAUGGGUGCCUGUACUAAAAUUGAGAAACUCGCACCUCCAUAAGAGCACUAUUCUCUGUGGAAUGCUAGAAGGUUGAAGUGGACUUAUUGCUAAGUUUAUUGUUAACGGUAGUGAUAAUGCUUUAGAAUAUCCCGUUGAAAUGUACGGGGUAAAUAUGUAAAUAUGUUACUUUCCAAGCAAGUUUGUGAAUGUAUUACCACGUAGGGGCUCUCUGCGAUUGGCACACCUGUGUUUCUGAAGCAGGCAAGCCUUAAGCACUUUUAUUAAAAUGUUAAAAUGUCAAAGAAUCCUUUUAUGUACCUGUUCUCAGUCGUUUUCUCUAGACAUGAAAAGUGUUCACGAGACAAGGUGCAAAUUUAAAACAAUGCCUGUGUUGAAAUAAAUGAUUUAAACAGA